AUGGCUCUCACCCUUACCGACAAUACCGCCUCCGCAGUUCCCGAUUCUGACGAUAUUUCCAUUGCGCCGAAGAUCAAUUACGAUAUCUCCUCGCCCCCCAACGCGUCCAACGCGUUUAACGCGCUCGGCUGUGCCGGGCGCACCAAGAAGAACCUCGAGGAGCAGAUUCGCGAUGCGAAAGCCAUCACCGACCUCCCCCUCAAUCCUAAGCUAUACCCAAAGAUUCAGGGUCCCGACAAACGGUUUUACCAGCUCCGCGCGCACUUCAAGCUGAAGGACGGACCUUCCUGGGUCAACGCGCACGGCACACUGCUUCUACGGCUCACGGAAGGUGACUCGACCUCCACGGACGGCAAAUUCUGGGCUUGCCACAAGUGCUACAACAUCUUUGACGCGGCGGCAACAACUUCGCCAGCCAAACACCUCCGACAAAAACACGGUAUUACGAAAGACGGCGAGCUUCUACCUGCAAACACUGCGGGCAAGAGAUCGUCGCUGGCGAUUGAUGAGCUCUUGCAAGCUCGAACCACCAAGAAGAGGAAGCUCCCCCCUCCCGCAAAGACCAGAGACCUCUUCCAAGAGCUCCUAAUCAAGUGGGUUUCCGAUUCGGAUAUCCCAUUUUCCGUGGUUGAACACCAGCACUUCCGGAGCCUGCUUUCUAUUCUCAAUCCAACACAGGCCGACCACCUCCUUCCGAGAAGCCAUGUCACCACGCGUAACUGGCUGAAAAUCCAGUACAACCUGUAUUUUGAUGCCCUCAGAGCCGAAAUCACAUCCACACCCAAUCCAAUCCACAUCUCCUUUGACGGAUGGUCGUCCCCCGGAACUGCCGCGUUUUUCGCUGUCGUUGCACACUAUUUCGAUGCUGCAGGGAACUUUAACACCCGCUUACUGGCCCUCCCAAGGAUUAAGGGCACUCACAAUGGCGAAAACCUCGCCAAAGGAGUGGUUGAGGUGGUUGAGUGCUUUGGCUUCCAAGCUAAAUUAGGGGUUUUCCAAGCCGACAACGCGGAAAACAACGAUACGUGCGUCACCGAACUUCUCCGGCACUUCAACCCACAUCUUUCCACGCAGCAACUUGAUCUCAUUCAGUCUCUCAAGCGAGUGCGCUGCGUGGGCCACAUCUUGAACCUUGUUGCCAGAGCUUUCCUUGACGGCGAAAACAAGGAAGAGAGGGAGCUUCUCAACGCAUGGCGAGAAACUGGGCCAGUGGGCAAGCUCACCGAGGCAGAAGGAGAAGAAAUUGGCGCUAUUCUAGUUGACCCUGCAAUUCGAAACCUUCGGCUGAAGGCUGACAACGAUACCCGCUGGCACUCGGUAUACCAUAUGAUUGAGCGCGCCCUCUUCGCGAUCCGCUCACCAAGUUCAGCGCCCGUUCUGACAGAGAUCAAAGCUCUGUUGGCCCCGUUCAAGGUUAUCACGAAAAAGUUCGAGGGAAGGAAGCCCAAUCUUUGUGACGUUGUCACCCACAUCUUCAGCCUUCGCCGGGAUCUCAAACAUCUACACCGAGGAUACAGCGCGGAGUUUGAGCGUUCGGGAGGCCUCGAUAGCUCUGUAUUUCCGCCCAACAACGAGCGGCCCGCGGGUCAGCUCCCGGCAUUCUCGCCUCCUAGACCGGCUACGGCACAGCAACACCCGCGCCGGAUUCGUCGCGUGCCUGCCCGGUUUGCUGAUUACGAAGUCGACCUCCCCGGGAUCGGGCUCCGCAACCCAGUUACCGCUCCUAGGCAGCAGGGCCUCUGUAUCGAGCUUGGGAAUCCUCUUCACGAUGAUCUCGAGGUGCCUUCCUUCUCGAGUCUUCAAUCCAGCCUUCAAUACGCCAUUGACAAGUUUGAGAAGUAUCUGAAGAUGCUUGACGAGACCCCUGCUUAUUGGGCAGCUCUUAUUUUGCAUCCGGGCCGCAGGAUGAAGUGGGUGAGGCUAUUCUACGAAGGCAACGACCAGAGGAUAUUAGACAUCCAGCGGCGGUUUGUGGCUUACUUUGAUACGUACUACCCAGCAGUCGAGCCCCUGGCACGCCCAUGCACCCCAGAGCAAGUACCUGGCUUUGGAGAUAGCUUCUACGAUGCCCCAGUUGCCAGCGGUAUUGUGGAUGAGGUUGGGGAGUACUUACGGGGACCUGUGCACCCCGUUGACGACCCAGCCCAAUGGUGGCUGGCCCGGACAGACGAAUACCCACGCCUCGCGAGAAUGGCGCUCGAAAUACUUUCAAUACCUCCCUGUGCAACGGAAAUAUGA